AGUUCAAAGCCAAAAAGAAACCAAAAGCUUGUCAAAAUCACUACCAAAUUCCCCCAUUUUCUAAGCAUUCUUCAUAAUCUCUCCAUCAAACAAGAAAAAGAAGAACAGAGCAUUACCUUCCCUAGAAGAGGCACAAAAGCAAAAGAAAAUCACAGAUGGGUUUCAUUUCUGCCAUUUCUUUAGUGCAGAUCUGCCAUCCAUGUCGUUAAAUGCUCCAUUAAUUUCUUCUUCAUUUCUUAGUUUCCAAGUCUCUAUAAGUUCUCUUCACUCUAUAUUCGUUUCUUCCUUUCCUCACACUCCCUCUUCUUCCCUUUAUUAAUGGGAUUCUCCUCUGUCCUUUGAGCUUUGUCCGCCAUUUCAGCCAGUUUUUGGUAAUGGGUUUUCGUGUUUGGCUCGUGGGGUUUUGUUUUUGGGUCUGUUUCUUGUUUUGUGGCUCUGUGAACUCCAAGGGUUUGGGUUUGGAAGAAGAUGGGUUUGUGCGAGGGAGGGUUUUGAUCGAUGGGAAAUCCGCCAUUGGAGGUAUCGAUGAAGAUUUCGUUUGUGCUACGCUUGAUUGGUGGCCUCCUGAGAAAUGCGAUUAUGGAACCUGCAGCUGGGGACGAGCUUCUCUGCUCAAUCUGGAUCUGGGCAACAACGUUCUAUUAAAUGCAGUCAAAGAAUUUAAACCCCUCAAGCUUAGAUUGGGUGGUACUUUGCAAGAUAAGAUCAUAUAUGAAACUGAAGAUCACCAGCAGUCAUGUGUUUAUUUAUCAAGAAACACCACAGAAUUAUUUGGUUACAGUCAAGGUUGCUUAUCAGCUAAAAGAUGGGAUGAACUGAAUGAGUUCUUCAAGAAAGGAGGAGUGAAGGUUAUCUUUGGAUUAAACGCUCUCAAUGGACGACAAAUUGCGUUGGAUGGGUCUGCUGUAGGAGCUUGGGAUCACACGAAUGCUGAAUCGUUCGUACGCUAUACUGUUAGAAAGAACUACACAAUUCAUGGUUGGGAGCUUGGAAAUGAAUUGAGUGGGAAUGGAGUUGGAACAAGAGUCACCGCAGAGCAAUAUGCGUCUGAUACAAUUGCUCUUCAGAACAUGGUCCAAAGUAUCUACAAGGAUAUUGAAUAUAAGCCGUUAAUCAUAUCUCCUGGAGGAUUCUUUGAUGAAAAUUGGUUCAAGGAAUUCAUUGACAAAACAACCCAAUCACUUGAUGUUGUCACACACCAUAUAUACAAUCUAGGACCAGGAGUCGAUGAGCAUCUCGUCGAAAGGAUUCUUGACCCAUCCUAUCUUGACGGGAUGGCCGAUACAUUUUACAAGCUCCAUGAGAUCCUAAGAAACUCGCCUACUUCAGCUAAAGCAUGGGUUGGGGAAGCGGGAGGGGCUUACAACAGUGGCCAUAAUCUGGUCACAAAUGCAUUUGUCUUUAGUUUCUGGUAUUUGGACCAGCUGGGUAUGUCGGCCGCCUACGAUACGAAAACGUACUGCAGGCAAACCUUGAUCGGUGGAAACUAUGGUUUACUGAACACGACCACCUUCGAACCAAAUCCAGACUAUUACAGUGCACUCCUAUGGCAUCGCUUGAUGGGAAGAAAUGUUCUGUCCACAAGCUUUAACGGGACGAAGAAAAUACGAGCGUAUGCACAUUGUUCUAAGCAGUCUAGAGGAUUCACGUUAUUACUGCUCAACCUAGACAGUAAUACCACAGUUCAUGCUGCAAUUUCAUACAACAGAACGAGACCGAGACGAUUGCACCAUAAACACAGAUCCUAUAACCAUAAACCGAAGGUCAUUCGAAUACCUCGACCUCAUGGUAUUGAAGGCGAAGCAUUCAGAGAGGAAUAUCAUCUAACAGCUAAGGAUGGGAACCUGCAUAGUCAAACUAUGCUGCUAAAUGGAAAGAUUUUGUCUGUAAAUUCAUCGGGGAACAUACCUUCAUUGGAACCUCAGUAUGUAAAUUCAUCUGAACCAAUAAUGGUGGCUCCCUUUUCAAUUGUAUUCAUUCACAUGCCAAAUAUUGUUCUCCCUGCUUGCAGAUAGAAUAGAAGGCGAUGUAUGGAACUGAAAAUCAGUUCCAGAUUGGUGAUUUUCUAAUAAGAGAAAACAAUUGUCAUAUUUGGUUAA